AUGGACGAGCAAGAAAACAGCGUGAGCACCACGCUUUCGUCCAAUAAGCGACCUUCAAUGUCUCCGUCCCUGCAAAUUCCAGCUCCCAAGAAGCGAGUCGUGUUGGGUGAGAUCUCCAACUCGACAAACGACGUCGUUUCCACUCAGAACUCGGCUCCGAAGAAACCCAAGAGUAGCUUGAAGAAGAAGAAGAAGAAGAAGACGACGAAGAGGGAAGGGGAGGCCCUCAAGACUGAACUCGUUGUGAGAUCCGUUGAUCCACACACGUCUGAUCAUUCGUCUUCUAUAUAUCGCCAUCUUCUUUCAUUGGAGAUGGAUAUGAACAAGAGGUCUUCACCCAGUUACAUGGGUAGGGUUCAAAAUGAUAUAUCACCAAACAUGCGAGGAAUCCUGGUGGAUUGGUUGGUGGAGGUUGCUGAGGAAUACCAGCUUGUUACAGACACCCUCUUUCUAACUGUAUCAUAUAUUGACAGAUACCUGUCUUCAUAUGCUAUCAGCAGGAACAAGUUACAGCUUCUUGGUGUUGCUUGCAUGCUCGUUGCAUCAAAGUAUGAAGAGAUUUGUCCUCCACGUGUUGAAGACUUCUGCUAUAUAACAGAUAAUACCUACAUCAUGGAAGAGAAUCUUAACGAGAGCUGCCUUGGAGAACUCCAAAACGCAAUUGGAAUUCUUGAGUUGUUAUCUUGUGGAGCUAAGUUGCUAGACUACAGUUGUGUCCAGUUCCUACCAUCAGUAGUUGCUGCAUCAGCUAUUUUCCUUUCGAGGUUCAUGAUCCAACCUGAGGUGCAUCCUUGGAGCUUGGCAUUGCAAUCAUAUUCUGGUUAUAGACCAUCCGACUUAAAGAUGUGUGUCCAUGUCAUUCAUGACUUGCAGUUGAAUAUAAAAGGAAGCUCUUUGCGAGCAGUAAGAGAUAAAUACAGGAGGCCAAAGGGGGUAUCAUGUAAAUAA